UUUCCCUCCUUUAUAUAUCCCUGUCCUGGGCUUAAGGUUAUCUGAGAAAUUUACAAGGCUGGCUGACAGAUCUCAGAGCAGCCCAUACAGCAAAGCAAGCACAGUGCAACUGCUGCCUGAUCCACAGCAACAAUGAGUAAGACUUCCAAGGAAGAUCAGCUCAAAGAUAGGCUGGAGCAGCUGAGAUGCCAUUUUACAUGGAAGUUUCUCAUUGAAGAUGUUGAAAUUGCUGAUUUAGAAAACAGAGUCUUUGAUGAAAUUGAGUUCCUAGACACAAAGUUUAAUGUGCCAAUAUACAACCUCCUGGCCUAUGUGAAACACCUGAAAGGCCAGAAUGCGGAAGCCCUGCAGAGCUUGAAACAGGCUGAAGACUUAAUCCAGACAGAACAGGAUGACCAAGCACAUGUGAGAAGACUGGUUACCUGGGGCAACUACGCCUGGCUGUACUACCACAUGGGCAGACUGGAAGAAGCCCAGAUGUAUUUGGACAAGGUGGAAAGUACUUGCAAGGAGUUUGCCAGCCCCUCCUGCUACACAGUGGACAGUCCACACAUGGACUGUGAGGAAGGAUGGGCCUUGCUGAAGUGUGGAGGAAAGAACUACGAACGGGCUAAAGCCUGCUUUGAAAAGGCUCUGGAAGUGGACCCUGAACACCCAGAAUUCAACACUGGGUAUGCAAUUGCUGUCUAUCGUCUGGAUGGCUUCAUCAAAGUGCCACAUCCUGGUGAGGCAUUUUGUCUGCAAACCCUCAAACGGGCCAUCGAGCUAAAUCCAGAGGAUGCAUAUAUGAAAGCACUCCUUGCUUUGAAGCUUCAGGACAUUGGACAAGAAGCUGAGGGAGAGAAGUACAUCGAAGAAGCACUGACCAGCAUGUCUUCUCAAACCUAUGUCUAUCGAUAUGCAGCCAAGUUUUACCGAAGAAAAGGCUCUGUAGAUAAAGCUCUUCACUUCUUAAAAAUGGCUUUGCGGGCAACACCCUCCUCUGCCUUCCUGCAUCACCAGAUAGGGCUUUGCUAUAGAUCACAAGUUUUUCAAAUGAAGAAAGGUACCAACAGGCAGCCUAGAGGGCGGGAUAGAGAAUGUAUUGACAGAAUAAUAAAAUUAGCUAUAUCUCAUUUAGAAUUUGCUCUGGAACAAAAGCCAACCAUGGAAAUUGCUUAUGUUCACCUAGCAGAUAUGUACCUGGAAGCAGGAAACUACAGAAAAGCUGAAGAUGCUUAUAAAACAGUGUUCAGCAUGAAAUCAAUUGAAGAAGAAAAACUGCAAGAUAUGUAUUUCCACUAUGGCCGAUUUAAUGAAUUUCACAGGAAAUCUGAAGCUGAUGCUAUUAUCUAUUAUUUAAAAGCAAUAAAAAUAGAAAAGUCAACAUUUUCAAGAGAAAAUAGUCUCAGUGCUUUGGAGAAAUUGGUUUUAAGGAAACUUCGAAGAAAUGGAGCAGACAUAGAAAGCUUGAGCAUCCUCGGGUUCGUCUACAAAUUGAAAGGAGAAAUGCACGAAGCCCUGGAGUGGUACGAGCGGGCCCUGAGGCUGGCUGCUGGCUGUGAGAACUCUGUGGGACGUGUUCCUUAGACGCUGAAAUAUGAACGGUUCACAUUCCAUCUGAUUUUAGGUUAACAUGUACUAACCAUCUCUUCUGUGUGCUGCCUCCAGAAACAUGCAUUUUUUUAGCAAUUACUCACACCUGAUCCAGUAUGAGUUGUAUUCAGAAAAUAGUGAAACAGGAUAUAUAUGCUUCUGUGUAUGAGAGAGAGGAAGAGAGACUUAAACCAUUUCUCUGUGAAUGUUAUAUAGUAGAAGUAACAAUUUGUUACAUAUGUUUGUAGCAAAUAAAAUACAUAAAGUAAAAUGAUUCAUUCAUUUUGUGAAUGGUUUUCAGUGCUAGAUACCAAACAUACUAUGGGGAUAUAGGGGAGGAAAAAUUAUUAUUCCUCUACCUGUCUUAGGUUCACUGGCUGCAGCCCCAUAGUUAGACUUAACAAAAAGCAGAAAAACAAGAGGAAAACAAAAGUGUAUUAACAUGUGCAUCUCACAUACACACAGCAAUACCCAGUGAUGAGUAACUCAACGAUGUGGUUAAACUUGGGCUUAUAUAGCAUCUUAACAAAAGAACAAGAAAUUUUCAAAGAAAU